GGGAGAUGUUUGUAACAGAAAAGGCUUAUUUGGGAUAUUUAUCCGUUUCUCUUGUUCCUCUGGCUUUUGGUGCAGUUGCUAACAGGCACGGAUGAAAUGAGCUGGUUAUCUCAGGAUUAUGGAAAACCUGGACUCAAGGUUCAUGAAUGCCCCCUAUUUUCGCUGUGAGGAGAGAAACGAUUCGGUCCCCACGUGCCAGAAGUGUGAAACAUGUAUCUUAGCACGGAAGAUCUUCUCCACCAAAGAGUGGUUCCAAAGCAUCAACGAGCUAUGGCAGAGGAGGUUUCUAGUGAGCAUUCUGGAGCAGUUAAAGAGCUCAUAUUUGUUACACUAUUUCCAAGAUAUCCUUCAGACCACACAGGGAAAGGAUUUUCUCUCUAACCGGUACAGGAUCAGCCUCAGCAAGAGGGAGAGGAAAACUGUGAAGUCCUCCUUGAACCAAAUGUUGGAUAAAACAGUAGAACAGAAGAUGAAGGAGAUCUUGCACUGGUUUGGCAACAGCACCCACUGGACUAAGACAAAUUACACUCUCUUGCUGCUGCAGUUGUGCGACACCCAAUUACUGCUCACUGCUGCCAAUGUGAUCGGAGUCCUGUUUCUGAGAGAGCAGAGCAGUAUCUCAGGGCUUGAUGAAGAUUCCACCAAUAUGUUUUUUUUGCCUGAGAAAGAUUACAACUCUGAGUCUGAGACCUCACAUGUCUAUUGGGCAGACAGAACCAGGCAAACAACCUUUUCUUUGUGCAAAGCCUCUGGAAAUGAAAAUGAGGGGGAAGAGGCAUCUAAAACUGAGGGACAGAGGAAGAGUUCGCUCCAGGGUGUUUCUGAGAUGAACAGGCUGUAUUCUGGAAAAGCAGGAGCACCCAAACUGGAGUCUGAUCCUUGCAAUCUGUUGGUUGAUCUGGAUGAAGUCAGAGAACUGUCCUCUGGGUUCAGCAAAUACCGGGACUUUAUCCGUCACCUGCCCGUCCACCUCUCCAAGUACAUUCUAAGAAUGUUGGAUAGAAACACCCUGAACAAGUGUGCCUCCGUGAGCCAGCACUGGGCUGCCCUGGCUCAGCAGGUCAAGAUGGACUUGUCCAUGCGUACCUUCAUUCAGAACCAGAUUGCCCUCUUGCAGGGCUCCUACAUGAGGGGACUCGAUCCUCAUUAUGCCAACAGGCUUUCUGUCCCAGUUCCUAAAAUGGUAGAUGACGGGAAGAACGUGUGUGUGAAAAAUCAGAAGUUGAAACUGAGAACAAAGAAUGACUACAACCUGUGGACUGCAUACCAGAACCAGGAAACACAGCAGGUCCAGAUGGAGGAGAGAAAUGUUUUCUGUGGGACCUACAAUAUCCGCAUUCUCUCUGACGUGUGGGACCAAAACAGAGUCAUCCACUAUUCUGGAGGAAAUUUGGUGGCUGUGUCCUCUAAUCGGAAUAUCUAUCUUCUGGAUAUCACACAAAUAAAGGAAGUCCCCGUCAAGUUCCGAGGCCACGCUGGGAGUAUCCGGGCCCUCUUCUUGUGUGAGGAGGAGAGCUUUCUCCUAAGUGGGAGUUUCGACCUAAGUAUCAGAUACUGGGAUCUGAAAAGUGGGGCUUGCACACGAAUCUUCAGUGGCCACCAGGGGACGGUCACUUGCUUGGAUUUAUAUAAGAAGAGGCUUGUAUCUGGAGCAAAAGAUUGCCAGGUGAAAGUAUGGGAUUUAGACACAGGAAAGAGCCUGAAGACGUUUAAACACAAGGACCCCAUCUUGGCCAUCAAGACCAGUGACACAUACAUCGUGAGCAGCUGUGAGCGAGGGACAGUCAAAGUGUGGCACAUUGCUAUGGCCCAGCUGGUAAAGACUCUCACUGGCCACGAGGGAGCCGUGAAGUGCCUGUUCUUUGACCAGUGGCAUCUCCUCUCGGGAAGUAGCGACGGCCUCGUCAUGGCCUGGAGCAUGGUGGGCAAGUACGAGCGGUGUCUGAUGGCCUUCAGGCAUCCCAAAGAGGUGCUCCACGUGUCCCUUCUCUUCCUCCGGGUCAUCAGUGCCUGUGCAGAUGGCAAGAUCCGCAUUUACAAUUUCCUCAAUGGGAACUGUCUGAAGGUGAUAAAAGCCAGUGGCAGAGGUGGUCCUGUGCUGUCCUUCUUUAUUCAGGGCAACAGGAUGGUGGUCAACACAGAGAGCAAUAUUCUCAUGUUCCAGUUUGAGCAUAUAAAGUGGCAAUACUCCCUGGAAAGAAGUAAACAAAAGAAGCAUAAAGAGGAGGAAAAGGAAGAAAACAGCCUCAUGGACGUUCUCUCCAAGUCUAGCACUCAGUUUUACAGCCUGAGAGACUCAGCAUCCAGUAAACAAACCAUGACCCAGGAGUUCAUAUUAAGUAAACCUCACAGGUCCCGUGUUCUGCUGAAGGCAGUCAAGUUAUCUUCAGCGAUGUUACCAGAGGAACCUGAAAGUCAAGAAGAGCCAAAAUCACCCCAAAGAGUUGACAAGAAGAAAGCUCGUCCUGCUCGUAAGGAAGCACAUGGCACAGAUGGUGGGCAAGAGAGUUUGGAAGCAAAAGCUGUGGCAGGAGAAACGAUCAACGAUAGUGUGGAAAAAGUACAAAAACAAGGACAACUGGAAACUCCUGAAGAAUCAGUCAAUCGCCCAAAGAAAAAGUCCUGGAAGGUCCCUAUGUUGCCUGACCAAUUCCUCCUCACUGUCAAUGCCCUGCAGCAAGCUCAUAAUUCAGGGGAAUUUGCUUAUCCCAGUAGGCCCCAAACCCAAGUCAUUGAUACCUGGGGACCUUCAAUAUCACACCCGAGGAAGGUCCUGAAUUUCAAAGGAAAAUCAGUCCAACAUGCAGUUGAUCAGCUGAGAUUCAGCAAUCCUCUCACAGAUAUGAAACAAACCAAUAUUCCUCUUGAAAUCCAGAAACUGCAGCCCAACUUGAAGAACUCUUUGCACAGUCCCAGAGUCCAGUCCACCAUACCCCAGCCCAUGAUUAUCCGCUCCAGGCUCUCUGAUAGCUUUAAAGGGAAAGACCAAGUGGCCAGUUCAAUUGAAGGGGCAGUACGCAGAAUGGGACCCCUGACCAGUAGGCAGGUCAUUAAACCGAACCGCAUGCUCGCUCCACAAGUGGGGAUGGCCACCCUGUCUCUCAAGAAAGAAAGGCCUCACUUCUACACGACCCUUGAUCCCCUUAGAUUGAACUCCGGGUUCAUGCUGUUGACCGUGAAGGACGAGCAAGAGUACAGGGAAGCCAAGAUGAAGGAAUAUCAGGCUAGUGAGUCCACUGCAGUGGCCGAUCCAGGAAAAGCCAGCAAAGCCGCAUGGAUCCGGAAGAUCAAAGGCCUGCCUCUUGAUAACUUCACCAAGCGAGGGAAAACAGCAGCCCCUGAACUUGGACAAAAUGUAUUUAUCUAAACCAGCCUUGGGAAGUUAUGAUGUCUUACAAUAAAUAGAAAACCAAGUGGA